CGGUAUCGAUAGCACCAAUUGAUAGGCAUUCUACGGGAUUUCCUGAGUAAAAGCGGAUCAAAUGACACACUCUGCUGCAGCUCAUGUUUAAAGGACCCAAGGUUUAAGCUAGCACACCCUCUCCCCGUCAUCCACCAGUCGAUAGGUACCACCUGCACCUGCACAUGGACCUAGACAACCUAGACCAGCCUUAACUUACCUACAGUGCCAGUACUGCUGCCACGCCUCAGCAUUUUCCUUCUUGCUGUGUUAUCGUUGGGACUUGCUUCCUUCUCUUCUUUUCCUAUCGAGAUUUAUCAUUAAUUCUAUCAGACGCAAACUUUCCAUCCCGAUAUUCAAAACCUGCCUGCCCGAUCUCAUGCUAUUAUCCCAACUACGCCAUCAGUACAGACAACGAUGACCUACCACCCCGCAUCCCAAGCCGUGGGAUAUCGUGAUAAUCUAUCGCCUCUCCCCCACACGCGACCUGCGCGUCCGUGAAGCUAUUAUUUUGUAGUAUCAUCUCUAAUUCCAAGUCGAUUGUGAAAAUUGUGACAUCGUCACUUUUGUCACCAUGGCGACCUUUUUGCAGUCCUUUCGGAAUUCCAGUAUGCCCAAGCGGCUACUGCGAUAUACACUAUCCAAACUGGAUUACUUCGAUACCGAUGCCUUGGACAUAGAUAAACUGGACUUCUCCGUGGGCAUGAAUAAUGUCUUCACAUUACAAGAUGUUGGGGUUAAGUUAGAGAAACUAGAACAGCUCUUACAGCUUCCCCCGUCAUUCGAAGUUCAAAAAGCCAAAGUUUUUCGUCUUCGUAUUACCGUGCCCUCUGCCAUCUAUACAAGCCCCAUUACUGUCGAAGUCGACGGCGUCCAGAUAAAGCUCAAGCUUACUUCUAAGGAUAGUAGCUCAGAGUCCACAUCAAAAGGUAGCUCACAUCGGAAAACGAACACUAAACCAUCCGACGAAGGCGAUACUGUUCCACAUGCUAUCGAUUUAGCCCAGUCGUUCCUAGAGACGCAAGCCCCGAAAGACAAGGCAGAGCUUCAAGCUGCCCUCGAGGCGGAAACCCAAGACCUUGGUGCUUCAAUAACGAGUAGCGAAGAUGGAAGCGAUGAGGAUUACCCUCUAGGGACUGGUCAGCCUCUUUCACUACCAACCUUCCUAGCAGAUUUCCUACAAGGCAUAGUCGAUCGUCUACAAAUAUCCGUCAAAGGAGUUACCUUUCAGCUCGACGUCGAGGUUCCUGUCGAACACAACCCGACAAUUUCCGAGCCCGUAACCUUCCAACUCGCUGUCGAUGACGUAAACGUAGAGGGUGUCACAACGGAGGUAGAUGAGAGUAAUACAGAGGGCACACCCAAAAUAAUUCACAAAGAAGGGAAGCGUUAUGUUGGAUUAAAUAAAAUUCGAGCGAGCUUGAUCUCAGAGGCGAAUGUUUUCUCAAAUUUAGCGCGUUCUCCAUCGAUACCAUCGUCGCAUGCGACCAAUUCGCCAACUAUUACGAGGCAGCCGACCGCAACCGAUGAAUCGAUUUCACCGACGAUAUCUGCAUCUGAAUGGCGAUCUAACGUUGGCGAUCUGACUGAAAGUCAAACGCACCACCACUUAAUGGACAGUGAAGACGCCUUCAACAUACCCUAUGAUUUAGGUAGUUCGAAUGAAGACGAUGAAGAACUAAGAUCUACUCCAUCAACUCCACGAGCGCUUGCACCCCACCCUUCACGAGAUGAACCCGAACCGGCCCCUCUAAUACGAGCGGCUCAAUCGUCUAUAAAUCCGCCCCCAGAUCAAUGGUCAUCUUCGAUGCGUAUUGCUCAAUCCGAACCAACUCUAGAAUACCGACAAAGAUGGGGAGAGGGCUCUGUCGAAUCGUCACAAAGUGCCGACGAACAAUCGGAUUCAAUUGGAAGUGAAAGGAGACCUUCUCUAAACGAAGAUCUUGCACGCUCCCACUUGUUUAGUCACGAAGAUGCUGAAAGCAUGUACAUGAGUGCUUUUUCUUACGCUUCAUCUUCCCAGGUAGACCAAGCAAAUCAUGCCAUGCCUGGUGCUUGGGGUUCGGAGCCUCCAAGUGUGGAAAACUCCCCGAAGUCGAAACGUGAGGUUCAGCCUUUAACUUCCAAUUCUCCAGAACCAACGACCAGUUCAUCACAAAAUAUACCGGUAGAUGAACUUUCUCCAGAAAAUGAAACGUCGUCACCAAAUUUACAUCCAGAACAUAAUCCCGUCGUUGACAAUCUUGAGGAGGCGAAACAGCCGCACGAUGAUUUACCCCAUCCUUCAGAGGAAGCCCCAGCGGAAGAGUCUACGACACCUAGGGGACCAACGCGUCUUAUUAAAGAACUCGUUUCAUUAGAUGUCGUUUCGCUGUAUAUUCCUUCAAAUCACCAACGCAUCCAGGUAGCGUAUUCAGGAGAAGAUUCAACCUCCGAAGUACCCCGAAGUCGUUUGGAUCGUUCUAUUUCUCCCAACCUUCCGGGCGCGUUCUCCGUUUACGCGGGCGAUCAGUCCACUGCAUCAUUAGCCCCAAUUCCUAACACACAAAUUCCUCCAGCUCCUCUUGAUAAAACCCUAGAGGUUAUAUUAUCGUCACUAGAAAUACGUUCCGACCUGUCGACCGGGUUUUUGCUAAGUAUCGUGGUAUCACGAAUACUUUCAGCUUUGAAAGAGCAACCUCAAACCCCGCCCGCAAAACAGAAAAUGAAGGUUGAAGAUAAAAGUGACGCAGCGCCUUUGCCCGACAUCAAAAUCGCCGCAGAACAGAUUACUAUACAUUUCCUCGAAAAUCUAGUCGGAAUUGCCGACACACCUGAGCGAAUAUUUAAUCCCAGUCCUGCUUCCUUGGGUGUGGACGCCCUCUUAACUACGUCGAUUCAAGAUUUAAACGUCGGUAUAAUAGGUUUGUCAUCUUCGACCGAGACCUCAGUCAAUGUGGGUAAGUUUAAGCUUGGAUAUGGAAAUGAUGAUAUUGUUUCCUUCGAUCAACGUAUACAAAUGCGAGCCUCGGUAAGGGACGCAUUUCCCUCCGCCGGGGCCGAUAUAUCUCUCAAGUUCACACAAACCCCUAAGACUACGAGAUGCGAAGUCACAACCUUACCACUUCACAUCAAAAUGGACCUUCAAAGGCUAGAUGAGACAUUUAGUUGGUUUGGCGGUCUGAGCGGUUUCCUAAAUAUGAGCUCAUCAAUGACAUCCAAUACUUCACCGCCUCCCCAGAGUCCUCCGAGGACUCCAAAGGCGCCGUCCAAAUCACGUGGCGUGAGAUUCGAUGCACCUAUACGGCCAGAUGACACAUCGGCAAACUCAGAGAACAAAAUGAACAUGAGACUGGGCGGUCUCCGUUUAGAUUUGAUUGGAAAAGAGUGCAGUGUAUCUCUGGAUACUACCGCUGUAAAAUUGGUUAGUCGAGAUGAAGGAUUGGGCGUUGGUAUCUCCAAGAUACAACUCGCAGGUCCAUAUACGAAGCGUUCCAUGGGUGAUCCCCCUAUUAACGCCGUAAUCACAAACACCCGCCUCGAAUAUCUCACAGCACCGAAGGAUAACGAUCUUGAAAGACUUCUAGAGCUUAUCAUACCAUCCAAGUACAAGUUCGACGAUCGUGAUGACGAGAUCAUGGUGGACACUCUACUCUGGCAAAGAAGGAAAGGUGCUGUCUUACGCGUUAAUGUCGAUGACCUAGAAAUUAGCGUUGGUAAGAUACAGCAUCUCGAAGUAUUACCGACAUUAGGCGAAGAUCUAGCACGAUUAUCAACCGUCGCCAAAUACUUGCCUGAAGACGACCGGCCGGGAAUCCUUACACUAGGUCUGGUCCGCAAUCUAGACGUCUCAGUAGAUACCGGUGGGAAGUUGGGUACUGUUCGAACAUCGUUGAAGGACACCGAAGUUGGCCAUAUUACCAUGCCUUCCUUACUUGCGCUUGGAGUAGGCUCCAUCUCAGUACGACGAAACCAUACGGAGGAGUUAAUUGGCACAACCCUUUCAUCUCUUGAAAAGAUCAAACCUGGUCCUGUUUUGACCAUGAGGGUGAUCGGAGAUGAGAUGGAGCCGGUUAUUAAAGUCCGAAUGCGGAAUCUGAAUAUCGAGUAUCGCGUACCAACAAUUAUGGACAUUCUUGGCCUCGCUGAGGACACAACCCCACAGGAUUACGAAGCCAUGCUAGCAGCUUCUGUGGCUAAUCUUGGCGAACAUGCUCAUGCAGCCAUUACAGGGAAGCCACAAAGCCGCCCAGCGGAUCCCGAAGGUAAAUCCAAGGAUGGAAAACCAACAAAAGUCGAUUUCGUUAUCCGAGACUGUCUGCUGGGCUUGAAUCCACUUGGACUGACGUCGAAAUUGACAAUCGUGUUAACCGAUACUCACUUUGAAGUUAUCCUAUCCGAUGGCGACGACGUCAAGGCAACUGGUUAUUUAAAUAGAGCAUCGAUUCUCCUCAUCGAUGAUGUUUCGAUCCUGGAAUCAAAAGAUUCUCAGUCGGCUACUCGAAGGCGUAGCUCAAACACUCCUACCCCACAGGUGGUAGAGUUGUGCCAGAAAGGUUACGUAGACAUAUGCUUCGUUUCUUCAGCGAAGGUUGCAGUCCAAGUCGGUACCAAUAAAAAGGACGGGAACAAAUGGAUUGAUGUCGAAUUGCGAGAUGAUCUUUUAGUCCUCGAGACUUGUGCAGACUCGACUCAGACUCUGAUUGCCCUAGCCAAUGCGCUCGCCCCUCCGACGCCACCAAGCAAAGAGAUUAAGUAUAGGACAAAGGUUGUCCCCGUCCAGGAUCUACUGGCUUCCAUAUCUGCCGAUGCAUUCGGAAAAGCAGAAGGCGACUACGAUUUUGAUAACGAUUUUGGUCUCGCACAAGAACUUGGUGGUGAUGAUGACGGGGACUUCGAACUUGGAGAUUCUGGCCAAUCAAGUCCUUUAGCCGUCGACUCGCGCUAUUAUGAUGAACCUUCAGUCGCGGCCCAGCUCUUUGAUGCGACAGAUUCUAUGGUCUCGGAGAGGACAACAACUCAAGACACAACCGAUGGCGUCCUAUUAACAAGCUUCAACAGCCAACCAGACAUGCUAGACGCCGACGAUGACGACCUGGUAAUACAUGAAAAUUACUUUGGUUCAGGUUCUGUGAUCGAAGGUACCGCUCACCGGUGGAACUCGGCGAAUAAUGCGUACGACGAAAUAAACGACGAGAAAAUCCAGCGCAGCCCUCUUGCGGUUCGUGUACGCGACGUCCAUUUCAUUUGGAACCUUUUUGACGGCUAUGAUUGGAACCGAACACGUGAAGUCAUUUCAAAAGCCGUUCAGGACAUUGAGACUACAGCUAUCGAGCGUCAAACACGCCAUGAUCGUGCCCGCGCCAAUACUGAUAUGGAAAUAGUAGAAGAGGAAACCGUAAUCGGGGACUUCCUUUUCAAUUCGAUUUAUAUCGGUAUCCCGGCAAACCGGGAUCCUCGAGAGCUUGCCCAAGCCAUCAAUCAAGAGUUGAAUGACGCCGCUACUGAAACUGAAUCGAUAGCAACGACGGCAAUGACCGCGACAACAAGCCGACAGGGUCACGCGUAUCGAGCCAAAAAGAAGCUCAAGUUGAACCGUAGCAAGCGCCACAAGAUUACAUUCGAGCUAAAGGGCAUCAAUGUAGAUUUGGUCACAUUCCCCCCAGAUUCCGGCGAGACACAAAGCUCAGUUGACGUUCGAAUCAAAGACUUAGAUAUUUUCGACCACGUACCAACAUCGACGUGGAAGAAAUUUGCAACGUAUGACCAGGAUGCUGGCGAACGAGAGAUGGGCACCAGUAUGGUUCACCUCGAAAUAUUAAACGUGAAACCGGUGGCGGAAUUGGCGGCAUCGGAAAUAGUUCUAAAGGCUACGCUUUUGCCACUUCGUCUCCAUGUCGACCAGGAUGCCCUUGACUUCAUUACACGGUUCUUCGAAUUCAAAGAUGACUCCGCGCCGAUACAUUCCUCUCCUAGCGAUGUACCCUUCGUACAAAGAGCUGAGGUAAAUUCUAUACCUCUGCAACUCGAUUUCAAACCAAAGCGCGUCGAUUACGGAGGUCUGCGGUCUGGCCAUACGACCGAAUUCAUGAACUUUUUAGUCCUAGAUCAGGCGCGGAUGGUUCUGAGACACACUAUCAUUUACGGUGUCUCUGGGUUCGAUAGACUAGGGCAGACACUGAACGAUAUCUGGAUGCCUGACGUGAAGAAGACUCAGCUCCCUGGCGUUCUCGCUGGUCUUGCUCCUGUUCGCUCCAUAGUCAACGUCGGAAGUGGCUUCAAAAAUCUCAUCGAAAUCCCAAUUAAGGAAUACAAGAAAGAUGGCAGAAUAGUUCGCAGUAUAAGCAAGGGUGCCGUAGCUUUUGCAAAGACUACAGGUACUGAAAUUGUGAAGCUUGGGGCUAAGCUAGCCGUGGGUACACAAUAUGCUUUACAAGGUGCUGAAGGCGUCCUUGGCAAGCAGCCAGAAUCCCGUGAAAUCACAGGAUGGGAUGAUGAUGAAUUGGACGACGAAGAACCUAAGCAGAUUAGUCUAUACGCCGAUCAACCUACAGGCGUCAUCCAGGGACUUAGGGGUGCAUACUCAAGCCUUGCUCGCGAUUUGAACGUUGCAAAGGAUGCUGUUAUAGCAGUACCUGGCGAGGUCAUGGAGAGUCAGAGUGCUCAAGGAGCCGCCAAGGCUGUUCUCAAGCGGGCACCAACAAUUAUCUUUAGACCCCUCAUCGGUUCAAGCAAGGCGAUUGGGCAGACUUUGAUGGGAGCUACAAACGCAUUAGACCCGCAAAAUCGGAGAAGGGUCGAAGAGAAAUACAAGCGUUACUAAUCAUUAUCUUACUGAAACCUACCUAUCUACAUAGCAUAUCUUUUCUCGGCACGGAGUAUGGAUAUGUCACGGGCCUGAUGCUUCUUUUUUUAUAUUUGAAAUUCUUGCAUGACGCAUGACGACAAAUGCAUCAUAGACGGCGAAUAAAUUGAUGUUAUAAGUUCUAUGAGAUUGACAAGGACUUCUGUAAUUUUUAUUUAGGUUACGAUAAGUUCUUGUAUCGGGAACAACAGCAUAGCAUAUUACCUAGUUUACAUUUGACAUAUACCUGCUCUAAAUCACAUCACGACGGAUCUGUUUAUCUCGUGGGCAGAGAUACAUGUCUCGGAGCAUUCGCUGGAGGUUAUUUGAACUUUUACCGUAGGUUGAUAGGUAGUUAGAUACCUAUUCCAGAUACAUUUGCAUUAUUUGUAUGGCAAGUGUUUGGUCUUAUUUACAGAAACUGAUAUAUUUUAUUACUGCGGCAUUGUGAGAGGUAUCUGUUUCCUCUUUACCUAGCGCUGUUUUUAUAAACUGCCAUUACGCUAUAAUAUAGUGCCUAUUAAUAAAUUUAUAAGGCU